CUGCACUAUACAGAAUUAGAAAGAGGGGAACAAGGUGGUCGUGUCGGCUUCAACCAAACACGACCUUAUCGGCGAUCCAACAUCGAUCUGUGCGUGUUUUUCAGUUCCUAAACACUAUCCACUUACUUCUGCAAUUCUUGCUCUGUUUGCUUGAUUGGAUCCACCCACUGCACUCUUCACGCAAGCACACGCGAUUUUCAUUCUCUCUGUAAAUUCUCUGCACUCUUCAGCAUGGCUUCCGCCGCCGCAGCAGGUGCAACCAAUGAUGCUUUAUACAAGGAAUUGUGGCAUGCUUGUGCUGGACCCCUUGUCACUCUUCCUCGUGAAGGGGAGAGAGUUUAUUACUUCCCACAAGGUCAUAUGGAACAGCUUGAGGCAUCUAUGAAUCAGGGAUUGGAGCAGCAAAUGCCUUCCUUUAAUCUGCCUUCUAAAAUAUUAUGUAAAGUGGUCAAUGUUCACCUUCGAGCUGAACCUGAGACAGAUGAAGUAUAUGCACAAAUAACUUUGCUUCCUGAAGCAGAUCAAAGUGAGGUUACUAGCCUUGAUGAGGCAUUGCCCGAACCUCCAAGGUGUACAGUACAUUCAUUUUGCAAGACACUCACUGCUUCUGACACUAGCACUCAUGGAGGUUUCUCUGUUCUUCGAAGACAUGCAGAUGAUUGUCUGCCACCUCUGGAUAUGACUCAGCAGCCACCAUGGCAAGAAUUGGUUGCAACUGAUUUGCAUGGGAAUGAAUGGCAUUUUCGACAUAUUUUUCGAGGGCAACCCAGGCGCCACUUACUGACCACUGGGUGGAGUGUCUUUGUCAGUUCCAAAAAAUUAGUGGCUGGUGAUGCAUUUAUAUUCUUAAGAGGUGAAAAUGGAGAGCUGCGAGUUGGUGUUAGGAGGCUCAUGAGACAGCAAAGCAAUAUGCCAUCUUCUGUUAUAUCCAGUCACAGUAUGCAUCUUGGUGUUCUGGCCACUGCGUCUCAUGCCAUUGCCACUGGAACUUUGUUUUCUGUAUUUUACAAACCCAGAACAAGCCGGUCUGAGUUUAUUGUGAGUGUCAACAAGUAUCUUGAAGCUCGAAGUCAUAAACUCUCUGUUGGGAUGAGAUUCAAAAUGAGAUUUGAGGGUGAUGAAGUUCCGGAAAGAAGGUUCAGUGGUACAAUUGUGGGUGUUGGAGAUAAUAAAUCAUCAGUCUGGGCUGAUUCUGAGUGGCGAUCGCUGAAGGUUCAAUGGGAUGAACCCUCAUCAAUUUUGCGUCCUGAUCGAGUUUCGCCAUGGGAAUUGGAGCCACUUAUGUCUACCCCCCCUACAAACUCCCAGCCAUCCCAAAGAAACAAGAGACCACGGCCUCCUGUUCUACCUUCAGCAAUGCCUGAUUCAUCUCUGCAAGGAGUAUGGAAAUCACCAGUUUAUCGUGACCCUCAACAUGGGCAAGAUCUCUAUCCAUCAUCUAAAUUCAAUUCUACUGCAACUAGCUUUCUUGGUUUUGGUGGGAAUUGCUCUGCUUCCAACAUGUCAACAUAUUGGUCUAGUGCGAUGGAAAAAACGACAGAAUCUUUUUCACCUGUAGCAAUUAAAGAAUCUGGAGAAAAGAGACAGGGCACAGGAAAUGGCUGUAGGCUCUUUGGGAUUCAGCUACUUGAGAAUUCUAGUGCAGAGGAAACUCUACCAACAUUCGCUUUGUCAGGAAGGGUGGGUGAUGAUAGGUCCCUUCCAUCAUUGGAUGCUGAGUCUGACCAGCUUUCUGAACCAUCAAAUGUUAAUCGAUCUGAUAUCCCUUCAGUAAGCUGUGAUGCUGAAAAAUCAUGCCUGCGGUCUCCCCAGGAGUCACAGAGCAGGCACAUAAGAAGCUGCACAAAGGUUCACAUGCAAGGUAUGGCUGUUGGAAGGGCUGUGGAUUUAACACGAUUUGAUGGAUAUGAGGAUCUGCUUAGGAAAUUGGAAGAGAUGUUUGACAUCAAGGGCGAGCUCUGUGGAUCCACUAAAAAAUGGCAGGUUGUGUACACUGAUAAUGAAGAUGAUAUGAUGAUGGUUGGAGAUGAUCCAUGGCUUGAAUUUUGUAGCGUUGUGAGGAAAAUUUUCAUCUACACUACUGAGGAGGUGAAGAAGCUUUCUCCCAAAAUAGGGCUUCCAAUCAAUGAUGAAGUUAAACCUAGCAAAAUGGAUUCUGAUGCAGUAGUCAAUCCUGAGGACCAGUCAUCUAUUGUUGGGCCUGGUUGCUAAUGCUCCUAGGUCAUCCUAGGUUAUAUGCAAUAGAUAUUGGCAUGAAAGUACGAAAUAGAACGGGAGAGAAACAAGCAUGAACCUGGCAAGCACUAUAUGGUCUAUAGGAACAUAUCAUUGGCAUAUUCUGCAUCUAUACCAGAGCAGCAUGCAGCAUUAAAGCAGAUGAUUGGUUUGAUAUAAUGCUGUUUGAUCUACCUUGAAAGAAAGGUUUGGGGUUGUGUGCUUUUUCUGUUUCUUCCAUAGCUUCGUUUUCGCCAACAGUCUCGAAGGCCCUUGCCUGUUCAGUUUUGUAUGGGCUGCAAGCGUGAAGAAAUGCCUUUUGGUUACUUAUUUUACUACCUAUGCAUUUUUUUGGUUUUGUAAUUCACUUGAUGUGAUGCAUCUCAUUUCUGUAUAUAUAACUUUGUAGUCUUUGAAUACUAUUUAAUGUAUGUAUAUCGAGCAAUUUUUUGUUCUCUAGCAGAGCUGUACACAAUCUGAUCUGAAUUUUUACAUUAACUAGUGAAUUCU